AUGUCCAACACAGCCGAAAAGCCUUCUGAAGCCAGAUUAUGGGGUGGAAGAUUCACAGGAGCCUCUGAUCCAUUGAUGGACCUCUACAAUGCAUCGUUGCCUUAUGACAAGAUCAUGUUCGAUGCUGAUUUGACUGGAACCAAAGUGUACACUCAAGGAUUGAACAAGCUUCAAUUGAUUACUGACGAUGAGCUCGCUAAGAUCCACGAGGGCUUAGAGGAAAUCAGAAAGGAAUGGCAAAAUGGCACUUUCGUCGAGAAGCCUGGAGACGAAGAUAUCCACACUGCUAACGAGAGAAGAUUGGGUGAAAUUAUUGGAAAGCACAUCGCUGGUAAGGUUCACACUGGUAGAUCCAGAAACGAUCAGGUGGCCACAGACAUGCGUAUUUUCGUCAGAGAAACCUUGACAAAGCUUUUGGAUUUCUUGGCCACCUUCAUUGGCAGCAUCAUCAAGAGAGCUGAGUCUGAAAUCGACGUGUUGAUGCCUGGCUACACUCAUUUGCAAAGAGCACAACCAAUUAGAUGGGCGCACUGGUUGAGCUCCUAUGCCACCUACUUCACAGAGGACUACAAGCGUUUGCAACAGAUUUUGGAGAGAGUUAACCAAUCUCCUCUUGGAGCAGGCGCUUUGGCUGGCCAUCCAUACGGUAUUGACCGUGAGUUUUUGGCUGCAGGCUUGGGCUUCAACGAUGUGAUUGGAAACUCUUUGACUGCUGUUAGUGACAGAGAUUUUGUUGUGGAGACCUUGUUCUGGUCCUCGUUGUUCAUGAACCAUAUCUCUAGAUUCUCUGAGGAUUUGAUCAUUUAUUCUACUGCUGAGUUUGGAUUCAUUCAGCUUGCCGAUGCAUACUCCACGGGCUCAUCCUUGAUGCCACAAAAGAAGAACCCAGACUCGCUCGAGUUGUUGAGAGGUAAGUCCGGUCGUGUCUUCGGCUCCUUGGCUGGCUUCUUGAUGUCUUUGAAAUCUAUCCCAUCUACUUACAACAAAGACAUGCAAGAGGACAAGGAGCCUUUGUUUGACGCUAUGACAACUGUGGAGCAUUCCAUUCUCAUUGCCACAGGUGUGAUCUCUACUUUGUCUAUCAAAAAAGAGAAAAUGGAGGGCGCCUUGACCAUGGACAUGUUGGCAACUGAUUUGGCUGACUAUUUGGUUAGAAGAGGUGUUCCAUUCAGAGAGACUCACCACAUCUCUGGAGAGUGUGUUCGUAAAGCCGAGGAGGAAAAACUCACAGGUAUUGAUCAAUUGAGCUUUGAACAAUUUCAAAGCAUCGAUUCUCGUUUUGAGAAAGAUGUCAUGGAUGUAUUUGAUUUCGAAGUUAGCGUCGAAAGACGUACUGCAACUGGUGGAACUGCAAAGUCAGCCGUCUUGAAGCAACUUAAAAAGUUGACUGAUCAGCUUAAUUAA